CUUUUAGUGUUAGGACUUACAAGCAACUGUUAUGUAAACAAAUUGCAAUUCGCGAUGAGAACCGCACAAACCGUGGGAAUGCUUGAAAGCGCUGCAUUUAUGGUAUUACAAAUCCUCAGCGCUUGGCCUUGUCAAGCGCUCAUGAACGAGCAUCAGGAGACAGCCAAUAGUGUGAUAUUUCUACGUCCACAAGCCGAACUGGAUGCGGAACCAUGGCUCUCGGGUGUACAGUGUCUAGAAGCGUACAUGAAGAUAACUUUUAUAAGUCGAGCGCGCCUAACGCGUGCCUAUAACGUGCUCAUAACGAACAGCUACAACAUAUCUUCGCCCGGCUUGGAGAUACAGGACGGCAUCACGAAACUAUUGAAUGAAGUUAUUAGGCAAAGUAAUGAACGGGGUCGCCGUUUCUACCAGCUGCGCGCUGUAUACGACAACAAUAAAUACGUGAAAGUGAAAAUCAGCGACAGCGCCGUCAUUCCCACUGAUUACUACAUCAUUAUCGUGGACAGCGUGGACUUACUGCGGCAGCUCAUGAGGGAUUACAUUAGUAGAAUGAAUUCAUGGAAUCCAGGCGCACGUUUCCUUUUACUGUACAAUAAUUCAACACGACGAGACAGUGAGCAUGCGGUGGCAAUGGAACUAUUCACACUUUUACAAAAACAAUAUUAUGUGCAUCAAAUCGCAUUGUUAUAUGCUACAACUGAUCUCAACUACUCGUUUUCGGUAAUGGACUAUUACAACCAUGAGAACUGUCGGACGAUUCGUGUGUCCAAAAUAGGCGAAUGCACGAAUGGUGUGCCACAACCGAGCACAGCGGAGGUAAAGAGAAGGUUGCGCAAGUUCGAGCGCGAAAUCGAGAUAAAAAACUGCACGUUUCUAAUGUGUGCGGCCAUUGCAGCGCCGUUUGUGGAAAAGAACUGUCACACGGGCAUUGAGUUGCGUAUUAUAACCUUCAUGCGCAAUCGUCUUAAAUUCAAAAUCAAGCAAUCAUGUAAGCGUGAUAACCGAGGAGUACGCGAGGAAAAUGGCACAUGGACUGGCCUACUUGGCAAGCUGAUCGACCGCAACUGUGAUUUCAUAUUGGGUGGCUUCUAUCCAGACAACGAAGUUAAUGAAGACUUUUGGGCUUCCACUUGCUACCUCUCAGAUAGUUACACUUGGUACGUAAAGCUGGCUGACCGCAGACCAGCAUGGAUUGCACUCUAUCAAAUUUUCCAAGACGAAACAUGGAUGUGUUUCUUGGCACUGUUCUUACUUACUUCGCUAUUUUGGUAUUUCUUUGUCAAUAUAUUACCGGAACCGUUAGAUCACAAAGACUUGUCGUUAGCUGGUAUAAAUGCCAUGGCGGUCUCCAUCUGUGUGGCGGUUGAAGAGCGUCCUGAGUGUUACGCUUCACGUAUUUUCUUUCUCGCCUUGACCUUUUAUGGUAUGAAUGUUGUUGCCGUCUACACAUCCCGGCUGAUUUCUGUAUUCACCGAUCCUGGCUUCAUGCACCAAAUAGACACUCUCAAAGAAGUAAUCGAAGCUGAUAUACCGUUUGGCGGGCCGGAUGAGAACCAGGACUGGUUUGAAAAUGAUGAGGAUAUGUGGAUCUUCGAAAAAUACAACGAUUCCAGUUUAUUCAUACCGAAUUCAGUAAAUCUUCGUGCCGUAAAAAAUGGCAAGCGUGUGCUAUUGGCAAGCCGCAUGUAUGUGUUGCAAGACAGGCUGUCCGAUCAGAUUUUCGCAUUCCCACAAAAUGUUUUCUCGACACCACUACAAAUCAUAACAAAGGCUGGCUUUCCGUUGAUACCGGAUUUUAAUUGGCUAAUUGGCGCUAUGCGUGAUCACGGUAUAUUUCAGAAGAUUGAACAAGAUUUUCAGUACAACAACACGUACCUGAAUAGAAUAUCGCGCAUGCGUCCGGAUUUUAAAAAGUCCACGAUUGUUCUUACCACCGAUCAUCUGAAAGGACCCUUCGCCAUAUUAAUUAUAGGCAUUACACCGCUUACGCGCUUAUUGCCGAGCUUACAACAGCGCGCCGGUCGUGCUUCCUUUACACAGUUUGACGCCAAUUCCAAGUGUAACCAUUGUCCUUCUCCACAUGGGCUUUCUAAUGGAAGAUCUUCCUCUUCCUCUGGCUUCGCGGUUCAGCUUUGCAGCUCGAAUUAUUUUCUCCAUUACUACAACUUAGAGUGUGCCAUCCGUAUUAAGGAUGCACAAUAUGUUAAUUGA